UCGUGCCUGCCAGCUUCACUUGAGCGUGGCUGUACAGAGUAUUAAAAAUUAGAUAACCACUUUUUCCAAGUUUCACAGGAGAGAGAGAAAGAGAGAUAGAGAGAGAGCGAGAAAGCGAGUGAGAUUCAGGAAAAGAGGGUGGUUGAUUUGAGGCUCUCAUUCCUGUUCUGGGCAGAGGUAGGAUGGAUUGGAGGUGGAGGGAGCUGAUAUCUCUCAUCAUUCUUUGCAUUCUAUGGUCGAAGCCUAUCUGCAUUCAAGGAAACACAGAUCCAACAGAUGCCUCUGCUUUAAGGGUUUUGUACACCAGUUUAAACUCCCCCUCUCAGUUAACCCAGUGGAAUGCAAAUGGGGAUGACCCUUGUGGACAAUCAUGGAAGGGGAUUACUUGCUCUGGCUCACGGGUUACAGAAAUAAACUUAUCUGGCCUUGGACUCAGUGGAUCGCUUGGAUACCAGCUUGGAAGUAUGACAUCGGUAACCAACCUGUAAGGGAUGUGAGUAAUAACAAUUUUGGAGGCGAGAUUGUCUACAACCUUCCACCUAACCUGAAAAGACUAAAUCUUGGACGAAACAACUUCAAUAAAGGCAUCCCGUAUUCUAUUUCUAUGAUGACUUCUCUUCAAUACUUAAACAUCAGUCACAAUCAGCUUCAGGAUCCACUGAAUGAUGUGUAUGGCCAGCUAACUUCCUUAUCCAUAUUGGAUCUUUCUUUCAAUGCUAUGUCAGGCAACCUGCCUCAGAGUUUUAGCUCACUUUCUGGCAUCAGCUCUAUGUAUUUGCAAAACAAUCAGUUCACUGGCACAAUUGAUGUCCUUGCAACUCUUCCUCUUGAUAACCUGAAUGUUGAAAAUAACCGUUUCACUGGAUGGAUCCCUGAACCACUGAAAAACAUCAACCUGCAGAAAAAUGGAAACUCCUGGAACACCGGCCCUGCACCCCCUCCUCCGCCUGGUACACCCCCAGCCACCAGAAGAAACCGAAGUCACAAUCCAGGUGGCAGUCCAUCCAAUGGUAGUUCUAGUGAAGGUCAGAAAUCAGGUAUUAGUGGUGGUGCCAUUGCAGGAAUUAUCAUUUCUGUGCUCGUUGUAGGAGCUGUAGUAGCAUUCUUCCUCGUCAGGAGGAGAUCCAAGAGACCGUUGACGGAUAUUGAAAAGCUCGACAAUCAACCCCUGCAACCUCUUAAAAUGACUGCCGCACAAGAAACCAAGUCGGAAGAUUCUUCCUCCACAUUUUAUCCAACAUCAUUUGAAUCUUCUGCUGCAAUUAAUCUUAAACCCCCACCUAUUGAUCGUCACAAAUCAUUUGACGAAGAUGACUUUGCCAAACGAGCCCCAGUCAAGAAGGCUAGUGCUGCCGCUCCUAUUAAUGUAAAGUCAUAUUCAAUAGCAGACCUUCAAAUGGCGACAGGCAGCUUCAAUGUUGAUAAUCUUCUUGGUGAGGGAUCGUUUGGACGUGUAUAUCGAGCUGAGUUUGACGACGGGAAGGUUCUUGCCGUGAAAAAAAUAAAUUCAUCUGCUCUACCUCGGGAAUUAUCCGAAGAUUUCACUGAUAUUGUUUCGAAAGUCUCCCAGUUACACCAUCCCAAUGUAACUGAACUCGUCGGUUAUUGCUCCGAACAUGGGCAGCAUUUGCUUGUGUACGAGUUCCAUAGAAAUGGCUCGCUUUACGACGUCUUACAUCUAUCACUAUCAGAUGAAUACAACAAACCUCUGAUAUGGAAUUUACGCGUUAAGAUCGCUCUGGGAACAGCUCGCGCAUUAGAGUAUCUUCACGAAGUGUGCUCCCCAUCAAUUGUUCAUAGAAACAUCAAGUCUGCUAACAUAUUGCUGGAUGCCGAACUCAGCCCCCAUCUUUCUGAUUCUGGACUGGAAAGCUUUAUACCAAAUGCAGAUCAGGCAAUGGAUGGGAGUGGAAGUUCAGGAUACACUGCGCCCGAGGUUACCAUGUCGGGCCAAUAUACUCUGAAAAGUGACGUGUAUAGUUUUGGAGUAGUCAUGUUGGAACUGCUGACUGGGCGAAAACCAUUUGAUAGUUCGAGGCCAAGGUCGGAGCAAUCUUUGGUUCGAUGGGCAACGCCUCAGCUUCAUGACAUUGAUGCUUUAACCAAGAUGGUUGAUCCCGAACUCAAAGGCCUUUAUCCUGUUAAAUCUAUCUCCCGAUUUGCAGAUGUGAUUGCACUUUGCGUUCAGACGGAACCUGAGUUUAGACCUCCAAUGUCGGAGGUGGUCGAGGCGUUGGUCCGCUUGGUGCAACGAGCAAACAUGAGUAAGAGAACAUAUGGAAACGAUAAUGCAACAUCUCCCAGAGGGGAGAUGGGUGGAGAGGACACACCAUAAACAAAGACAAAAGUUUGUAUUUGUAAGCCCAAAAUCUCUCUUUACCUUCUUCUUUGAGAUUAUUUCUUUCUUCAUAUUUAGAAAGAAUUGCGAUUGCUAAUGGCGAUGGUAAUAAUGUCCGUCUGUUAAUAUUACGUCUGUUCCUUUAGGUCUUUUCAUACUCCCAUAGGUUCCUUAUCUUUCUUUUUUUUCCCUUUUAGUAUUUUGAUAGAAGAAAAAAAAAAGACUUCAUUUUCAACAUACGUAUAUUUUGAAGAAAUAAUUGUUGGAGUUUCAGUUCAGUUCUUACUUUGUAUGAACGUUUUGUUGCUUUUUAAUGAUCAAUUUAUUAUUUAUUGAUUUGUUUGAAAA